CCAGCUUCAUCUCUCUCUUUGGAUUUGCGUCUUUUUGCAUCUGCUUCCUAGCACCCUUAUUCACACGAUACUCUCUACUCCAGUCACAAUGGCUCGCAAGUUUUUCGUCGGCGGCAACUUCAAGAUGAACGGGUCUAUCUCGUCCAUUAAGGAGAUUGUCGGCAACCUGAACAACGCCACUCUCGACCCCAGCGUCGAGGUCGUCGUUUCUCCUUCCUACCUGCAUCUGCUCCUCGUUCGUGAGAACCUCCGCAAGGAGAUUGAGGUCGCCUCCCAGAACGUCUACGACAAGCCCAAUGGCGCCUUCACCGGCGAGGUCUCCGUCUCCCAGCUCAAGGACAGCGGCAUCAACUGGGCCAUCCUGGGCCACUCCGAGCGCCGCACGAUCCUCCGCGAGAGCGACGAGGUUGUUGCCCUCAAGACCAAGUACGCCACUGACAACGGCGUCAGCGUCAUCUGGUGCUGCGGCGAGUCCCUGGAGGAGCGCGAGGCCGGCAAGACCAUCGAUGUGGUCAGCAAGCAGCUCGCCGCCCUCAAGGCCCAGAUUUCCGACUGGUCCAAGAUUGUCAUCGCCUACGAGCCCAUCUGGGCCAUUGGCACCGGCAAGGUUGCCACCACUGAGCAGGCCCAGGAGGUUCACAAGGCCAUCCGAGAGUGGCUCAAGGCCAACGUCAGCGACAAGGUUGCCGACGAGACUCGCAUCCUGUACGGUGGCAGCGUCAACGAGAAGAACUGCGGCGAGCUCAGCAAGCAGGCCGACAUUGACGGUUUCCUCGUCGGCGGUGCUUCUCUCAAGCCUGCUUUUGUCGACAUCAUCAACUGCCAGAAGCAGUAAAUGCUUUCUCUUGCCUAGAAAACAUAAUCCGAUAAAAGUUAAAUAUAGUGUAUAAAAAAAAGUAAUGAAGCUUCCGAUAAGACAAUAAAAUUCGUAAAUGAUAUGG